GAUAAUUAUUAUAAUUCAAUAAUCGAUAAUUGAUGUAUCAUUGUAUCAUUUUAGUCAAAAAACUGAGAAUUUAGGCUAUGCAUUGGUUUAUAUAUUUUUCAACAUUACUUUUUAACUAAAAGAUUUAAAUACUUAUCAAUUCUCACAUGGAGAUCUUAGUUGGAGGCUUUGCUGCAGUUACUGCAGGAAUUUUCACGAAUCCUUUAGAAGUUUUGAAGAUUCGGAUGCAAUUACAAGGAGAACUUAAGAAAAAGGGACAUCAUGCAAUUCAUUACAAAAAUAUUUUCCACGCAAGUUAUGUCAUUGUAAAAAAUGAAGGAGUUGCAUCUCUUCAGAAAGGAUUAGUGCCAGCUCUUUGGGUACAAUUCAUAAUGAAUGGAUUCAGAUUUGGUGUAUAUCAUUAUGCAGAUGCCAAUGGAUAUUUAAGGGACGAAAAAGGUAACUUAGUUUUUUACAAAAAUGUUCUCGUUAGUGGAAUGGGAGGGGUCGUUGGACAUUACUUAUCAAACCCCUUUUUCAUGGUGAAAACCCACUUACAGUCCCAAGCAGCAAAAUCUAUAGCAGUCGGGCACCAACAUCAACACAAAGGUUCAUUUUAUGCCUUAAGAGAUAUAUUAAAAGAACAUGGGCUGAAAGGGUUUUUUAGAGGGGGAGUUGCCGUUUUUCCUAGAGCUUUUAUAGCAUCUGUAUCGCAAUUGACAUCUUUCACUUAUACAAAAAGGUAUUUAAAUAAAAAUGAGUAUUUCCAUGAUAAGAAAAUACUCAGUACGUUUAUAGCAAGUAUGAUUGGAGGAAUCGCUAUUAGUGUCUUAGUGACACCUUUUGAUUUGAUAUUAACUAGACUAUAUAAUCAACCUGUUGAUCGCUUAGGAAGUGGCCAGCUUUACUCCAAUUAUGUAGACUGCGUUCACAAGAUAUAUAAAACAGAAGGGUUAUCUGCAUUCUAUAAAGGGGUAGGACCAAUGUACCUUAGAUUAGGGCCUCAUUCAGUGUUAUGUUUAAUGUUUUGGGAUGAAUUUAAAGAGUGGUUUGAGUUUAUGAGGGCCCAUAAUAGGACUACUUAAAAUAUUAGGGUUUAUAUGCUCUAUUAGUGCUCACGUCUCUUCGCCAUUUUAAUUGUCCUAUAUCAGGGAUCUGUAUCCGAACAUAUUUUGUUCAUUUUUGUAGGGUGUUCAUGUAGACGUCUGCUUUUUUGAUAAAUAAGAUGAUUUAUAGAAAGGUUUCAUUAUUAAUCAAUAGUCUGACAAAACAAGUUUCAUAUCAGUAAAUUUGAAAUCUAUACCAUUCACUACUUUUUGUGAAAAGCGGUUUUUAUCAGUUUGAACGAAACCUUAUAUAUGGUGAAAUAAAAUUAGAUUUUUCUUAAACCAACGCAGUUCUGAUGUAUGAUCUUUUGUCAAAUAAAAACUGUGGUAUUCAAUUUUUACUGCAAUAUGUCGGACAAUAAUUUCGUUGAAUAUAAACCCAACAGGAGAUAAAUAUUGGAACGAUAAAUGUAUUUGUUUUUAAGAUGUUGGGCUUGCUACAAUGAGAGGGAGACCAAAAAAUUUUUAGUUUUCUCAAGUAUUCUAUUAUAAGAAACAAAUGGACCCAGCGUAGGUGAAUAAAAUGUGAUAGAAAAAUUGUCAAGUAAUUUGAAAAUUAUUUAUUAGCAACCGUUUUUUUUUAUUCAUGAUGAAAAUGGCAAUUUCCAUAUUCAUUCAUUGAUUUCAAAAAAGGAGGGUUGAUGAAGCUGGCACAGGUGCUUUUGUAUUUAGUUGUCAUUUUCUUUAUAGCAAAAAAGAAAAUGG